AUGGGGAAAAGUGCCAAGAGGAAGAAGGAGAAGAAGGCGGACUUUCAGAAACCUAAAUACAAGGUCGGCAAAGCAAAGCCCAAAGCCUCCAAUGUCACCGAUACCAGUUUCAAGGCCAAAUCAAUUGUCAUGGGGCAGCAGUCCCUCUCCACAACUGCACCCGAUGUGAUCCAACAAUUCAAGCACAGUCUGUCCGUGGCAUCAUCCUCAAAAUCGGACAAACAACGACAAGAAGGAUUGGCGCAUCUGACUGGUCAACUGAGCCAGCAACCGCCGGUGAACCCCGUUGGCACGCACACCCUCCUCGUCAAACUCCUCCCCUUGAUAACAGACAGCUCUACUCCGGUGAGGAAGCAGUUGCUCAAACUCUUCGAGCAAUUGCCGGGCGAGCAAGUACGGUACGCCGUGGAGCAGGCGACCAUGUUCAUCAGGGCCGGCUUGACACAUCUCUCUGCCGACAUCAGCAACGAUGCGCUGAACUUCAUGGAGUGGCUCCUCAAUGCUGCAGAUGUCGAUGUGGUUUCAUGCCCGGGAGGCUGGAUCAAGACGCUGAACACCUUUUGCGCCACUCUUGGUUGGUCUGCGGCUGCAGGGAAGGACGGCUGGUCGUCUGGAGGACGGGGUGCCGCCGUACGAGGAGGCAAAGCUUCGAUCAAUCAGUCGCGCGCUAUUGAUAUUCUUGCCAAGUUUCUCGCGGCGGGUUUCGUUCCAGAAGAGGCUGUGGCAGAGGACGAAGGCGACUGGGAUCAUCUCUAUCGAUUACCUCGCGACCCCAAUGCCUUUGCAUAUCUCAAUCUGACGGGCAUGCGCAGGGAUGAGGAUGGCGAGAUGUAUGCGGACCGAGAGUCAAGGCAAAGGGUGUUCCAUCGAAGAUUCUUAUCACAUAUUGUGAAGGGUGUUGAAGCGGCCAAAAAGGAGGGCGGCACGUCUGGCAGAGCUGCGGCGGGAUUGGAUCAGCUCCUGAGAAGCGACAUGGGCAUGGGGGACUAUGAACCUCUGGGUGCCAUGGAUACGGAAGAUCUCCUAGACUUAUGGUGA